AUGUGCAACAUCAUCUCUUACAAGUUGCCGUGUGAGCACAUCCAGACCCAGGUCAACCACUGUCCAAGGGCACCUUCACCUUCAAGGAAAGAUCCCUUCAACCGAAAGACAUGCAGAGAAGUUAGUCAGCGGAACAUAACCUUUCCGCCUCCCCAGGGCUACACAAUGCCUGAAUGCCCUUUGGAAAACUGUCCUUACGAAAAACGAAACCGGUGUUGGAACUGCUGUUGGUGUGGAAAGGGUUGGAACAAUGGCGGCAGAUGCAGCUGCGUCAUGAUAAUUGAUGGGGCAGAGUAUCGCUGCGAGCAUAUCUGCUGCAACGCUUGU